UGUUGAGUAACUGGCGGUUUGAAUCAACGAAAGAUAACGUGAACAACCAGAACGUCAAGUGACGGAGGAUUCGAUUUAAAGCCAGCAUUCUCAUACGCUGUUCUUGCAAAACAUUUCAGAGCUUUUUGCAGGGAUUUUUUUACUGUCUGUGUUUUUUGUGCUGCUCUGCCAUGGAAAACAUAACAGAAAGUGUGUAUUGGAGAAGACUCACAGAGCGUAAGCGCCGCCCGCUCUGCUUGCAGAUGGUGGAAAUGCAGGUUCGGAUGGACUGUGGAGGAUGUGAAAGAGCUGUUCGAAAUGCUCUCAAGAUCAAAGGUUUGGACUCUGUUGACAUUGAUCUGGAGCAACAAAAAGUGACAGUGGUGGGAUACGUAGAGAGAAACAAAGUCCUCAAGGCAGUAAGGAGAAGCGGCAAAAAGGCGGAGUUUUGGACAUACCCAUAUGAGCCAGGCACUUAUCACCCACUUCGAAGGGAUGAAUACCGUGAUGUGAAUGCAUACAGGGAAAGCUAUAAUUACAGAAAGCAUGGUUACACUAAUGGAGAGCGGCAGGGAUAUGCGUACAGCCGCCCUGACGACAACCCAGUUGGAACAAUGUUCAGCGACGAUAAUCCGCAUGCCUGUACCAUCAUGUAAUUUUAAAUAAUAAAAUGUAAAAUAAAGGCACGGUCUGGAUUGGAGCCCUGUGGCCUCGAUUCUCCGACCUCCCUGUUAUGAUUUUCCCAUGUACAUAACAGCUAAGAUCUGUGCAGAAGUUUCAAGUGCAUUUUUAUAAGAUGAAAAAUAUCUGUAACAAACUGUCGCUUUCGUGAGCUGGCAAUGAAAUGUUUUGUGUUUGUUUUUGUUGCUGCA